AAAAGGUCUUUUGUGAUAACUGAAGCCCUGAUUUUUUUUCCCUAUCCUUAUCUUCACUCCAAGAGUUCCCCAAGCUCUUCAUUUCUAAUUUAAUUUCCAAAGAUGGCCAGAAUUGCAUUUGGACGGUUUGAUGAUUCCUUCAGCUUGGCCUCUUUUAAGGCCUAUGUUGCUGAGUUCAUCUCCACCUUGAUCUUUGUUUUUGCAGGCGUUGGUUCAGCCAUAGCUUACAACAAGGUGACAUCUGACGCGGCUCUUGAUCCUUCGGGGCUAGUAGCCAUAGCCAUUUGCCAUGGUUUUGCUCUCUUUGUCGCGGUCUCCGUCGGCGCCAACAUCUCCGGUGGCCACGUCAACCCCGCCGUCACCUUCGGAUUGGCUCUUGGAGGUCAAAUCACCAUUCUCACUGGCUUAUUCUACUGGAUCGCCCAGCUUCUUGGCGCCAUUGUAGCAAGCUUCCUCCUUAAAGUUGUGACUGGAGGCUUGGCCGUUCCAACCCACAGCGUCGCCGCCGGAGUUGGUGCCAUUGAAGGAGUUGUGUUUGAAAUCGUUAUCACCUUCGGUUUGGUCUACACCGUCUUCGCCACCGCCGCCGACCCGAAGAAGGGAUCGCUCGGCACGAUCGCCCCCAUCGCCAUCGGCUUCAUCGUCGGGGCAAACAUCCUUGCCGCCGGCCCAUUCUCCGGCGGAUCAAUGAACCCGGCUCGCUCCUUCGGGCCCGCCGUUGCCAGCGGAAACUUCACCGACAUCUGGAUCUACUGGGUUGGGCCUCUCAUCGGCGGUGGCAUUGCUGGGCUCGUCUACAGCAUUGUCUUCAUCCACUCUGAUCACGCACCCUUGUCCAGCGACUACUGAUAAUUAUGAUUUGUUUAAUUUUCUUGAUUUGAUUUGUAAUCUUUUGUGAUUUUGGACGUACGUGAUCCCUUGUAAUAAAAAGACGGAAGGUCAAUUUUUUUUGCUCUUCCUUCUUUUGAUGCUUUUUUUUUUCUUUCUUUUGUGUGGAUCCUCUUCGGAUUCUCUUUUGAUUUGUUUUGUUGUUGUAAAGUCGUAGCUGUUGUCAACUUUUGCUUUUUAUGGACAUUAUGCAUGAAAUGAAUUGGUGA